ACUCGUCUGACCUCGUACACGCGUAGUCUAACAAAUCUUAAUACUUCAUAAAAACACAGAUACCUGUACAAUACGAAUGAGCGCAGUUGAGAUUCCUUGGAAUAAAUUCCGGUCGUUUCGAAGUGAAUUUCGUAAAACAGAUUAAGCAAUAUAAAUCCCUUCUCGCUGUCACGGCGUCCUUGCUCAUUCUUAAUGAUUUUCGCCAAACAAAACUUAAUACUUUAAUUCCCUUUUAAAAGCUGUAACUUUCGAAUGCAAAUUUCGAAGUCACAACAAACCAAAUUAUUGAAAUGACCCGUUUGUUUUCAAACAUCGCACCAUGGUAACAUCAUUAAAAUGUCAAUAAAGUGCAAUUUGAUACCAAGCAAAGUCUGCCAACAAGCCGUCAUCAAGUUGUGUUCGCACUGCUUGUCCCAAGUUGUCAACAAGUUCGGAACAAGCUGUUAAGAACUUGUAACAACCUUGUUGAUAUUAUCAGACAUGUUGCAAGGUUGUUCCAACAAGUCCGAUACAUUCGUGAUAUAACAAUAUUGUUACAACCUUGUGUCGUCAACCUUGUAACAUUCUUGUUAUAUCAUGAUUGUAUCAGACUUGUCAGAAUAACCUUGUAACAAGUCUGAUAAUGCCAUCAAGCUUGUUACAAGUUGUUAACAGCUUGAUCCAAACUUGCUACAACACCCGGGGACAUGCAGUUCGAACACAACUUGUUGACAGCUUGUGAACAGCUUUGCAACAACUUUUUUGCAGACCUGUAACAACUUGUGCGUUUUUAUACAAUCUUCUCAGAACAGACAGACAAACAGACCAUUGUGAACAGACCAUUAUAGCUCAGUGGAACAGACAAACAGACAUAGAAACAGACAGCUUGGAAUAACUUCGGAUUUUUCCGACGUUUGCCCGAAGAGCAAAGUCUUCUUUCGACCGAUGGAAAAUACAACAAGUUCAUCUUGAGAAAAUCGUGCUUUAGUUGUAGUGAAAUAAAACUUUAAAUUUUUGUUCCUUUUAUAAUGUCUGGCGAGGAGAAAUUAUUGUGUUAUAAUCGUGGUUGUGCCAAGCAAUAUGUGGAAAGCGAAAAUAGCGAGGGUAAGGGUUAAAUUUGGUAAUAUUUUUGAAAAUUUAUAACCAUUUUAUACAUUUUAUUAUUCUCCAAUCUCCACUAGAUGUGUGUAUCCAUCAUCCUGGCAUGCCUGUCUUUCACGAUGCUUUGAAGGUAUUCACCAAAAAUUGUUCUUUAACCCAUUAGUCCAUUUAUUAAAGGUCAACACUCUCCCCAAGAUGAGUAAAAUUGUCUGGCAUUAGACAGAGUCAAUAUAAAUCCAAAUGUCAAAAGUGUGUAUCACUAUAAAAACGAGAGAGAUCAUGAGUUUACUUGAUUUAUGUGAGAGAUGAUCUGUUGAAUUAUUUUCCUCAAAUUUCUCUUCCAGGGUUGGUCAUGUUGUCAAAGAAGAGUCACAGACUUCACAGAAUUUCUAAACAUAACUGUAAGCUUUGGAUUUUUAAAAUAUAUUAGUGGCAGAAACGGUAUCUGGUUGUUCUGCCCCCUUGCCAUUUUGUCCCAGGUCAUUUCAUCCCCUUUAGGGUUUCGUCCCCUUUACAUUUCAUCCCCACACUAGAUAACAUUUUCUCUAUAAACUAUUUAUCUUACUUUUUCAUAACUGUAUGACUCAGUGAUGAAACAGAGAGGGGACAACAUAUCAAGGGGACAAAAUGACCAUAAAACGGCAGACUGAAACACUUAUGUGAAAAGAGUCUGGGAAGAGACCAGUUUCUAUUACUGUACGUGCGCUGUUCGCUUUGCCAGUGCAGGCAAAGCAGGCUCUACAGUAUGAGCAUGCAUAUGUGUUAUAAAGUUAUGGCGUGACUGUGAACGGCUCGCUUGUGAUGCCCUGCACGCUUUGAAAGCUGAAUAAAAUUCAACUUUCAAAGCAUACACACAUGACCAAAUGCUCAAUACUGUCCGCUUUGCUCAUGCGAUCGAGCAAAGCGGAUAUAAUGAAAACUGGCCGCUUAAUUAAUUAAGCAGUUACUUUAAUUUAUUUAGAACUAAUUUUACUGCAUGUACUUUGAUCAGGGAUGCCGCAAAUCAAAACAUUCCAAUAUGAAGCCAGCAGAGCCGGAAGUGAAACCCUCAAACCCUGUAGAAGUAAGUAGAUUCAGCAAGUAAAGAAAGUGACAUACUCUACUUACAAAGUGACAUACUCCACUUUCCAGAAGGGCGUAUUGAUAUUGAAGAAUUUUAAUUUUGAACUGUUUAGAUCACAAGCCAUGGUCAGACAACCCAUAGAAAAGCUGUCGAAAAAGUACAAGAACCUCGACCUAGGUACAACAUUUUUACUACAAUGUAGUUUUAUUCACAAACUAACUGGCUAUCAUGACUUUAUGUACUAACUGACUUACUAAUCAAGUAAUUAAUUAUCCUGGUUACUGAUUAAAUAUACUAAUUUGUAAACAUACACUACCGGUACCCUUAUUUAUGUUGAACACAUUUCUUGUUCUAGUGAUGAUCUGCCAUAUCAAAGACUAAAAUUUAGCAUCUCAGAUUCCCUUAAGAAAGCUCUAGAGAAACACAAGCAGUCUAGAACCACAAAUGAUGGUAUGUUCCAAUAAAGUGUAAUUGUUUUGGGAAAACAAAAUAUUUAUGGUUUUCAAAAUUAAAAUUUUGCCAGAAAAAUUUUCCAUUGGUUUCGGAAGUGACCAAGAACAUUUUCUUUCAUCAAAACAAUGAUUUUCAACUCAUAAAAAAUUUUUCUGAAAGGUUUGGAAAAUUUUCCUCCAAUGGUUCCCCAUUUCUUCCAGCGGGUAAAAUGUUAUUAUUUUGUAUUUUCAGAAAAUACUGAUCCUGGAGUAGUACAAAAAGGAACAACAUGUAAAAAUAAUGCUUGUAAUGGGGUAAGUUCAAUAACACCUUAAAUUAAACAAGCUGAUUCGUGGUUGAAGCUUGUCUUGUCAGCUCUGAGACUCAGAUUGUGAAUUGUUGUGACACUUACUGUAUGUGAAAAGUGUCGGUCAAUGUUCUACCAAACGUUGUGAGUUUUCUCUGAGUAUUCCAGUUUCUUCCUACAGGGUCGGAGUUAGCCCCAAAGUUUGGAUAGCCCCUAAGUGACACUGUAGUUGUGUUCUGUGACCAGAUCUGCCAGAGGAUAGGAUGUUUUAGUGAGGAUUCCUUAGCAAACCAUAUGAUCUCUGCUGUUUAUUUCAGUGGAAACCAUGUUGUAGAUAUUGUAUCUUUGUUUAGGUGUAUGUAGAUGAGGAAUCUAACAAACAAGCUUGUCAAUAUCAUCCUGGAAACCCCAUCUUUCAUGAAGGGUGAGUUUGUAUUUGUAGGACAUUCAUUUUCACUCUGUACAAAAUAUAGAUGCUAGACGCUACCACACAUUCUUUGUUGACUGUUCGUUGCUUGGGAAUUAUAAUCAAUUUUUGCUUCAGGUACAAAUUUUGGAGCUGUUGUCUUCGAAGAACUUGUGAUUUUGAUGAAUUUUUGAAACAAGAAGGAUGUUCUAGUGGCUCUCAUCUUUGGUUUUUAACAGAUGAAGUGAGACAUUAUAAUUAUCUUUGACCAUAAAAACACCCUAACUCGGGCUUUCAAAGCACUGAAAGGAUAGCAUAGCUGACAGGUUUAUACUGUCAAAUUGUGUUCUGUGAUCACACUAGGAAUUUUACAUGGUGACAUUUCUUACAAAUCUUUCUGCUUAAUAUAUUUCUUUCUUUUUCAGCAAAAGAAGAAAGCUGUUACAUGCAGGUACAAUACUGUUAGUUUUGUUUCAAUUAAUUUGAACCAAAGGCCUGUUCUAAUAUGCAACAAAAACCCUUGGUACUAUAUGUGAAGUCAGCAUUAUUUUAUACAGAAAUAAGUAUUUAUACUGAUUGGUAUCGAACUGAUACUUAAAUUCAAAAACAUUCCUAUUGUUCUUAUACAGAUUUGAUCAUUAUCAAAUGGGUUCAUCUGUCAUCAUAUCAGUUUAUGCCAAACUUUGUGAUCCGGAAAAAUCUUUUGUAGAAGCAAAUUGUACUUGUGUAAGUAUAUUAUUAAUAACUGCUAUAUUGCCACAAUCUAAUUACUUGAAACUUCAAUGUGUUAAGCAAGUGCCAUUCAUCAUAUCAACACAGCAUGUUCCUUUCCGGAUCUAGAUUAGGUUUCCUCCUGUAGUAACACUGGAUCAAUAAGAGAUGAUCCUUACUGGGCCUCUAGGAAGAACAGUUUAGAACUGAUAGAGCUAUCCAGUAUAAAUAAAGUUAGUUUAGUUUAGGUUUCCUCCUGUAGUAACACUGGAUCAAUAAGAGAUGGUCCUUACUGGACCUCUAGUAGAUCAGAUUAGAGAUGUCAAACGAAGAUAUUGAUUCAGUCCAGAUGAACAGUCGUGUAAUGGUUUUCCAUCUUUUUUUAAUUUUUGUAGUUACGUGCUGGUCUCGUUUUUGGAAAUUCAUCGAAAUUUGAUUUAGACAUAAAACUACACGGGGUAAGUUAAUGAGCUUUGGUGUACGAUUUUGCCCAAAUGCCUUUCAUACGACUUUACAAUGUUCUCUUUCUUUCAUGUACCUUACAAUGUUUAUAUACAAUUGUAUGUAUAGAUCAAUAAGAGAUGAUCCUUACCAGACCUCUAGUGAGAACAAUUUACACUGAGAGCAUCCAGACAGAGCUAUCCAACAUAAAUAUAAGGUUUAGUUUAGGUUUCCCUUUGUAGUAACACUGGAUAAAUAAAAUCUUUUUCUCUUACAUCUGCAGGUCAUUUAUCCAGACAAAAGCGUAGUCACAUAUUCAGCAACGAAGGUGGAAAUCAAACUUAAAAAGAAAGAAGCUUCAAACUGGCCUCGCCUUGAACUUCAAUCACCAAACAGCUGAGGUUGGAUUCAGUACAUUUGCUUUGUAAAAUGCUUUAUGAUAGAGACAAGUAAUAAAUACUUUUACGUUUUGAAUUUACUUUUUCUCCAAUUUUUUGAAAACAUGGCAAGAAAUGACUGAAAUAUUAAGGUUCACAUUUCGGCCACAAUUUUCAAAAAUUUAAAAAGUAAAGGAUAAUAUAUCCCCUUACAGUAAUUAGUAUUUGAGUCAUUUUUUGCCACUUUUUCAAUUUUUGAAAAAAUUACUAAGAAUAGCAUGAAACUAGAAAACCUGGAUAGUUCUACCAUUUCUGAACAUUUUGUCCUAUAUAGCUCCAGAUAUUUACCUAACGAGAAUACAUGAACUUUAACUUUAUUCAUGCUGGAUAGUUCCAUCAGUUGUAAUUUUUUUUUAAUAAAAAAAUUGAUGAAAAGUGAUAAAUUGUGUUUGUCAUUGAUGCCCAACAAAAUAAAGCCGACACAGUUGUUGUCAACUUGAUAUUUUGCAAUACAUGCUUCCGGAAACUAUGUAACUUUGUCUAUAGAGCCUCGUUUUUGUGUAUCUGACAUGAGUGAAAGGCCACGUCUCAAUCACGAAAAUGAAGCUUUUUAUUGUGUACUGUAUUGUGCUAAAACUCUCCUUUUCAUUGUAUUCAAGUUGGACAGCACAUAGACUGAAUUCAGAAUAUAAAUAAGAUUACAUUUUUUUUGAAAGUCCAUCUUUAUACCCAUGUGACAACACAUACCCAUUUCCCAUUACAUUUACUAUUGUCCCUUAUUGUUCAUUUUUGUCAACCAUUAUCCAUUGGCAUCAACUAAUGUCACAUUACAUUAAAAAUUACUCCUAUACAUUAAAAACUAUCCUAUACUCAGAAUUAUUGCAUGGUUGACAAUUGCAACUCUCGCUCACAUUUGAAUGCCAACUCUCAUUGCCUCUAAACAAUCUUGAGUUGGUUUAAAUUUUGACUAAGGUCUUUGCCCCAUGCUCGGUAAUAUCUAACCAUCUCUCAUACAAUUCUUGUUGUCCUUUGGUGACAGUUGAGAAAACUCUCAGGCAACACAACUUUCAAAUUAACUCAUUCUUGUUCCAUCAGUUUAGACUUGGCAGACUAGUGCGAGUUUCAUGAAGGUGUUUUGAUGAAAUCUGGUUGUAACUCUGAGGAAAGAUGCUGCAAAUUGGGAAUUAAACAACAGCAUUGAUGGUUACUAGCUGUAAUGGUGUUAUCAACUACGCUAACAACUCGGGUGUAGGUUAUUGAAAGAAGCGUCAGGGCCAAGUCACAGUGAUUCUUUUAAACUUCUUUGGCAUGUCCUGUUUGUCUCUCUCUUGAAUGCUUUGUGAGCUGUUCUUGUUUGAUAUCUGGAUGAAAACAUUAAUAAACGUUAUGUACAAGAUAUAAUUGCCUGAAAUUACAAACACAACUUCAGUUUUUGGAGCUACAACUACAGAAGAAUAAUCUAUUGGGGACCACCAUCAACAGAGCAUAAUUAUAUUACUACCAGGAACAAUAAGCAACAACUACAUACAGAAGAAUAAUCUAUUGGGGACCACCAUCAAUAGAGCAUAAUUAUAUUACUACCAGGAUCUUGGAAAUCGACAGCGUUGCCGGGAUCAGUUGAAUAAUAACAAAUUAAUAACUGAUCAUCUCUUCAAUUUCAAAAAUGAAAGCAACACAAUGAAACCUUUUGAGAACUGUCACUAACCUUUGAACAUUCACGUUUUGUUGUUUCCGAAACUUUGCUUUGUCUUGCGUAAUUUACAAUCUUCGACUUUGUUACAGAAUUAUUUUGUUUGGGAUCAUGUAGUAAACAAUCUCUGUUUAAUUUGAGAGGUUUCGACAUUUGACAGUUCAUACGCAAGCUUAUUAUUUUAUUGGCACAUUCUGUCGUUGGACUGAUGCUCGACUGCUUGUCAUGUGAAAUGUUGCAAUCUUCUUUGGUUGGCACUGUUUGAUCUGUAUCUGAUGAGUUGCUCUUUCUAUAACCAAAAACUAUCAGAUAAGGACUGUCCAUUACACUUAAACUGCGAUUAAUGCCAAAUAUGAUUUUUGGUAUGUGUAAUAGUUGGGUGAUUUUAAGAAGAAAUGUAAGAUAUCUUUAUAGUAAAAACAUACAUCUUAAUAAACUUUUUGACUCUAAACGUUCCUGUUGUGAUGUCAUUUGGGGAAUUGCAAAUUAGUUUUCUCUUGUUUUCGGCGCCUGAAAUUCCUCAAAUGACAUCAUAUUGAGAGCCGAUUCAGCCAAAAAGAAAAUCAAGACAAGCUUCUUUACUAUAGAGAUAAAAUUACAUUGAAUCUUCUUAGAAUAAUCCAAAUGUUUCGUAUGGCAAAAAUCAUAUUUGAGAUUAGUAGCAUUUUAAAACAACCUGGGCUGUCCUUGGUGCACAAAAUACUUCAAUAUCUGAUGAAUACCUUGGGGGUAGUGGAGACAUAUUGAUUUUGUCAGAUAGUAAAGCAUUUGCAGAUUUGCUUAGCCCAUUUUUUUAUACUAUGACAUACAAAACAACUAAACAAAUUCUUGCCUUAGCAUGAUUUACAAAAGUUGACAUACUAAACUGGUAAUACAGUUUCCAUAUAAGCAGCUAUAACUGCAUACCGUUUAAUUCCUCGACAGCUGUAUUCCCUGGCACCAGCUGGGCUAGUAACCCUCUUUAUUUUGAGUCGAUUUGCUCGCCUUGUAUUUCUUGUCGUUCUCUGCGGCAGAGGGACAAUAAAACGAUGAAAUAGUUGCACCAACCCAUUCUUGUCUUUAUCAACAAUAGCUUUGUCGGGUAUUCCUCGACAAGAUAAAAUAUCUUUAAGUUUUUCUACCGAUAAUAUUUCUGGGUGACUCAAAAUGCUACUAGAAUUGUCAGCCAUAUUUGUU